AUGCCCCAGAAAAACUUUACUCAUAUUAAUCUCCAAGAAGAUUUCUACUUUGGCAAGUUGUGCUCUAAAGACAUUCUCAGUCUUCAUUGUGUCCAUCUCCAGGUGGGACUUGAAGGAGAAUACCUUGGACUGGAUAAAGUCAGUCUAGCGAAUAGUUCACUGUGGAGUCAGGGGACUUCUCUACCUGUUAAUAAGAGCUUGAUAUGGUACAAGGCGACAAUCCUUGCUCCUGAAGGGAAUGGCCCCCUAGCCUUAAAUCUAGCAAGCAUGGGGAAGGGUCAGGCAUGGAUUAAUGGGCAAAGCAUAGGACGAUAUUGGUCUGCCUAUCUCUCAACAUCAACUGGUUGCACUGAUAACUGUGAUUACAGAGGAACUUACAAUCCAUUUAAAUGUCAAAAGAAAUGUGGUCAGCCUGCUCAAAUACUGUAUCACGUUCCACGAACUUGGGUUCACCCUGGUGAGAACCUAAUAGUCCUGCACGAAGAGCUUGGUGGUGACCCUUCAAAAAUUUCUCUGCUCACACGCACUGGCCAAGAUAUAUGCUCUAUUGUGUCAGAAGAUGAUCCUCCACCAACUGAUUCCUGGAAACCAAACUUAGAUUUCAUGUCUAGAAGUCCAGAAGUUCGACUAACUUGCGAACAGGGGUGGCGCAUUGCUGCUAUCAACUUUGCUAGCUUCGGAACUCCUGAAGGAAAUUGUGGCACAUUCAGUCCAGGGAAUUGUCAUGCGGACAUGUUAACGGUUGUUCAAAAGGCUUGCAUUGGUCAAGAAGGCUGUUCAAUCCUCAUAUCAGCAGCUACCCUUGGUGAUCCUUGUCCUGGAGUUCUAAAACGCUUUGUGGUUGAAGCUUUAUGCAGUGAAUGA